AUGGCUGAAAGGGCGUUGGAGUUGCUUGCGUUACCAGACGAUAAAUCAGCGUUCUUGUUAGACAUUGGAUGCGGCACAGGAAUAAGCGGAGGGGUGCUGGCAAAUGCUGGUCAUUAUUGGGUGGGACUCGAUAUUAGCAGACCUAUGCUUGAAAUCGCCAGUAAAGAUGACGAAGACAGAGAUAAUAUGGGUGAUUUUAUACUGUCUGAUAUGGGCAGUGGGUGGUGCCGUUUUUACCCGGAGCCUUUGA